CGUCAUAAUAAUGUUUAAAAUUAAGGUUAUUCUAUAUUUAAAAUGUAUAUAAACUGAAAAUCUCAAAUUCAAAAUUAAAACAUAUUUGUAACUUUUAUAAAGUAUUAUAUUUUAUUUUAAUUAAAUAAUGGACAUUUCAAAGAGAUCUAGACAGUGGAAAUGUUUUGAUUUUGGGCCAGCAACAAAAAAAGUUGAUUUGUCACCUAAAGAACAUAUUAAAGAAAAUUACGAGACCAAAAUAACUAGCAGUAGAAAAAAUAUUCCAGUAACUGUAAAGAAAUGCUUUAAUUUUCACCAACAGCUUGCACCACAGCUCAUUAGUGAACUUGCUGUACAUCCUAAAAAGAUACAAGAAGUCGAGGAUUGGUUUAAUAGAUUUGUGUUAGACAAAAAGAAGAAUUUUUUUACACCUCUACUGUUACUCUCAGGCCCUACUGGUUCAGGAAAGACUUCAACAAUUAGUGUUAUAUGUAAGAAACUUAAUAUUUCUAUAACAGAGUGGAUUAACCCUGUUGAUCAAGAUUAUGAGUACAAAGGCAUGAACCAGGUUGAAAAGUUUUUAGAGUUUUUUUCAGAGUCAAAGUAUUGUUCUUUGUUUGAAAAUACAACUAGCAGAAUAUCUCUGGUAAAAGAUUUUCCAAAUGCAGUGAUUCAGAAUCCACAGCUUUUCUUUGAAGUGUUAGAGACUUGUAAAUAUACCACGAAACAACCAGUAGUUUUUAUUUGCACUGAAGCAAGCAGCAUGGGACUAAACUUACAAAGAACAUUGUUUCCCGAUGAUAUCAUGCAAAAGUACAAUAUUGGCCAUAUUAGUUUCAAUGCCUGUGCUUCCACUUUGAUGAAAAUUGCAAUAAAAAGAGCCCAAGAAUUAGUAAAAGCAAACAGUCAUAUAUUGAAGCAGCCUUCGUCUCAAACUAUUGAUGUCAUUUUAGCAUCAUCAUCUGGAGAUAUAAGAAACGCCAUGAACCAAUUCCAUGUUGCCAGUUUAUUAGGUACCAGCGAUAUUCCUACUAUAACAACACAGUCCGAAAAGAAGAGCACAAAACGAAAACGGUCAGCAACAGGCACCACCUUAAGCUUGAUGACCAGAGAUCUUAGUUUAGGUCUCUUUCAUGGCUUGGGUAGAGUGCUGAACCCCAAAAGAAGAGAAGUCGGAAAUUCUUGGAGGUUGAGUCACAAUAUCGAAUCUUUAGUGGACGAGUUUUCUACGCAACCGCAAAUGUUUACUGCCUUUCUUUUCGAAAAUUAUUUAAAGUACUUCGGUGAUAUCAAUGAUGUCGCCAAAGCAGCAGAAUUUUUAAGUAUGUCAGUUAGAUUUUUGGAAAAUUGGGAAAGGCAUGAGACUCUAGUGUUUGCUCUAUGGAUUUCGGUAUUGGGUCUUAUGAUUUUUAACGAACAUAGAGUGUCACGGUGGACACAAAUCAGAGCACCUUCAAAGAUUACCAGAAAUAAAUCGGAAAAAGAAAUUUCAACCGUUGGUUUAAAUGUCACAGACUAUUUUUAUUAUAAUAUGAUCAACAAAACUGAUAAGUUUCAUAGGUUUAACCUUGAUUUUUAAUCUAUAUUGUGCUGUAUAAAGUUUUUGAAUAUACU